AUGAAUACUAAUCUUUAUGUAAAUCCAUUUUCAAUGACACUUAUUGAUGAUAGAUUUCUAGCAAUGCUUCUAAUUGGUUUUAUUGCAUUAAUUAUCACAUAUAUACUUAAUUUAGAUAUUCGAUUACCAAAUUGUUUUUACAAAAUUUCACCACCAGAAACAUCUAUUGAUAGAGAUGUUAUGGAAGAACGACAUCGAAUUUUAUAUUCGAAUGAAAUAAAUCAUGAUAUAUUAGAAGCAAAAAAUUUAACAAAAUGUUUUCGUCGUGUAACUGGUUAG